UGACAUCGAUUCAAAAGUAAAUAAGCCGCUCUUGUAACCGUUUUAUUUUCACUCAUUUUAAGUAAAAAAACACGAAAACCAACUUUGAAUAAAUUAAAAAUUUUAUACAUAUCUUUUUAAACAAAAAUCAUGUCCACAUUACACCUGAGUGAAGAUGACCCCCAGGUGCAAACGAUUCUCGAGGGGCACAAAAAACCAGUAACAAGUAUAAGUUUUAACCCAAACGGGGUCCAGUGCGCCAGCAGUUCAGAAGAUCACAGCAUAAUGAUCUGGACCAAGUGGUCAGAUCCACAACAAAACGGUCCGAGUUACCGAUUUUCCGGCCAUACAGAUUCGGUUACUUGCAUAGAUUAUACGCCAAAUUGCAAAUAUUUGGUGUCCAGCUCAAAGGAUCACACUGUACGUAUUUGGGUACCGUCGAUUUUAGGCGGUUCGGCGGAAGUAAGAGCCCAUACAUCUGCAGUAAACACCGUUAGUUUGUCAAUGGAUGGUGCCAAAAUGCUCACCGGCUCAAACGAUAAGUCAGUGAAGAUGUGGGAUGUUGAGACCAAACAGUUUAUUAUGAGUUUUGUUAAGCACAAUAAUUGGGUAAAAUCAGUGAAAUUUUCACCAUUUGGUAAUUACAUAGCAUCAUGCUCUGAUGAUAGAACAAUCAGACUUUGGGAUCCCAUAAGCGGCCAACAAAUCCAAACUUUUACUGGAAGUAAAGGCAGCCCCAAUCACAUUGCCAUACACUUAAACAAUAACACAAUUGCAGCAGCAAUGAAUUCCGGUUCAAUAAGACUUUACGAUGUUAAAAGUGGAAAGCUGCAGCAGCAUUAUUCUUUACACGAUAAUGCCACUUGCGUCGAUUGGCACCCUAGAGCAAAUUAUUUGUUGACCAGUGGCAUGGAUUCCAAGUUGAUGAUUGUGGAUAUUAUCGAGGGCAGGCCACUGCUCAGUUUGAAUCAAAACGGUGGUAUUAAAACUUGCAAGUUUAGUUCUGAUGGGGAGUUUUUUGCAGCAGGAGGGACCGAUAAGAAGAUUACAUUGUGGAAAACUAAUUUUCUUGUUUUUGAUUAGGGGGCCUAGGAUUAAGGAUUAUAAUUAUGUUAUGGUUAUUUAUUUCUUUUCUGUGAUAGUUCUGUAAUAUUGUAAGAAAAUGACACUGAUUAUUGGCUCUUUGUACUACACCCAUUAAUGUCUUAAUUUUUUGUACUAGGUUUACUUUAGAAAGCAUUUUGUAAGAUUACAAUAAGAUUAUUAAUACGACGCAAUAAAGUAUUAUUGAUUUCUA